CCCGAAGCGCGCGUCCUGUCCGCGGGAAGCACAGCCAGCCUGGAGCCGCCGCGUCUCAUCGCCCUGAUCCGGGUCCGCCGUGGCCAGAUGCUCUGUUCCCGUUUCCAGGCCAAAUUCUGGAGCGACCCACAGAACCAACAGGAACCCAACUGAACCCGGUUCCCUCAGGUUCUGCCUCUUUAACUUCUUCAAUGAUGCGAAACAUCAAAUCAGAGAAAUUGGUUUGUAAAUAAUGAACAGAGCCUGGUGAAGAGUUUAGUCCUGCAGACCUGGAUUUGCCCUUCAAUCUUGGAAAAACUUGAACUAGGACCAAACUUUGAGCUGAGGUUUGUUCUUUGGUUUCGGUUCGGAUCUUUUCUGGGGGAACAUCAACCAGGUUCUGUGGUCAUGAAUCUUCAGGAGAAGCUGUCCGGCCUCAAAGGCCUGGUGUCGCCCGGCCGGCGGCGCCAUAAAGGCGACCUGACGGCGGAUAUGAUCAGCCCUCCGCUGGGCGACUUCCGCCACACCAUGCACGUGGGACGCGGCGGCGACGUCUUCGGAGACACGUCCUUCCUGAGCAACCACGGCGGGUCGGCCAACGGCGGCGACGCCGACUCCGUCUCCUCACCCGACAACAAGAUCGGCGCGUUUUUCUCCAGGACGCUGCGUCACAUCCGGCGGGGCUCGGACAACCGACCCCGGGACGCAGUGAAGGAGUUGUCGCCGCCGCCGCCCGCCGUGUCGCCCAUCAUCAAGAACGCCAUCUCCCUCCCGCGGCUGGACGUCGACACGCCCAACGGGAGUCCCACCGCCAGGCCGCUGUUCCCCGGAUCCCCGCCGGACCGGGAGAAGAGCUCCUACGGUCUGGAUUCCGGGUUCGUCACUCUGCCCCGUCUGUCCCGGUUGGAGCGCCAGCAGCCGUCCAUCUCCUCCAACGUUCACCGCGGCUCUCUCAUCGAUCAGACCGACGCCAUCUUGUCUCCCUGCUCCGCCGCCAUCGUGACCUCUGAACCCAAACGGACGACCCGCGCUGCGUACUCCGACUCCUUGCCUUCCCUCACGUCCCUGGACACCUUCACCUUUGACCUCGGCCCGUCCCUAAUGAGCGAAGUGUUCGGGCUGAUCGACGGGCGCCCGGAGGAGGCGGAGUCGGCGUGCGGGUCGGACGGUUCUGCCACCGUGUCCUUCGUGGACUCGUUGCUGAGGGAGGACGGCGGCGGCGGGACGAGUCCUCACCGGUGUGAGCAGGAAAGCGCGGCGAGGGGAUUCUCCGGGGAAGUACCGGACGUGCUGCUGGGUUCUGCUGAGCGGGUCGGGAUCCGGAUGGAGAGCGAGCGGUUUCAGAGCGCUACCGACGUGCUAGCACGCCACUACGGCGUCGGCCUCUUAAAGGGACAGAACAAGAUGGAGGAGCUCCGGAGUCAGCCGAGGAAGAAAAUAUCCUACAGCUUCAUGGACGAUGAGGACGAAAUCAAAGUCUGACAGGAAGGAACCAAACGAACCUUGUUGACGGUGACCUUCCUGAAGAGGUCAGGACUCAACAACAAACAUGUCUGUCAGGUGUUGCACAAAAUCAGGAGAUUUUCUCUAAGAAUGAGCUUUUUAGGGCGUCUGUCACUUUAAAUCCAAACAAGCUGCUGCCUACAGUGAAAAUGGCUGCAAAAAGAUGCACAAUUAUAUCCAAUUAUAUACAUCUUAGAAAGGCAGAAGUGGCGUCUCCUGCACAACCAACAAUACAGCAAGUUAUAAGGGAUAUUAUAGAUUGAAAAAGAGUCAAUUUCCACCAAAAACUAGAAAAUUUGAAAUUAAUUUCUGAAAUUUUCUAGAAAAGGUCAAACAUGUUAAAGUUCAGCAAAUUUUUAAUCUCAUAAGGGUUGCCAAAAAAAGAUCAUCUUCAGGGAGGAUAAAAACGACUUUAUGUGGAAGUUACACAGCCUGCCGUUCGCCUGGUUCCCCUCACACUUCCUGUUCUGCAGCAGCGACGUUCUGGGUGAGAGGAAGUCCGAACCAAACUGCAACCCUACAAACUGAUUUCACUCAGGAACAAAUCACACAAAAAGGGAACAGAAGUUAUUAAAACGGCAGAUCUAGAGUUUCUAGAGUGGUGCAGAAUGGAAACACUUAAAGGAGCUUUGCCUGUUUCCAGAAGCAAACAAACAUUUUAUCAGGAUUUAAUGUGACAGACCAGCAAAGUGACGAACAAAAGGCAAACCGACGUCUGAAGGUGAUUUGUUGACUUGGUUUUACCAGGAAUGUCAGAGGAAAGGAAGUUAAUUAAAUACAUUUUAUUAAAG